UUUUGCAUCUCCAUCCGGAGGAGGAGGAGGAGGAGGAGGAGGAAAGGGCGCCACUCGGGGCCCUCCAUCCCUCUCUUCCCGAGGCAUGGAGCAGGCUGCCCCCGAAAGCCAGGCCGAGGAGGCGGGACAGAGGCGGCUCUUCCUCGUGAAAGGUGGCCUUUUUCUUACUACAGUCGCUACUGCAGGAAUUCUAGCAGGUUUUGGUACAACGCUUUCCAUGGCAAAAAAGAAAAACCCCAACUGGUUCAAUAAGGGUGUGGUGGCCACAGCUGCUUUGCCAGAGAGUGGUCCAUCCCUUGCUUUGCGCGCCUUAGGAUGGGGCUCGCUCUACGCCUGGUGCGGAGUAGGACUCAUCAGUUUUGCUGUCUGGAAGGCUUUGGGUGUUCACAGUAUGAAUGAAUUUCGGAACAAAAUGCAGUUGAUAUUCCCAACGAUUCCUAAAAAUGCAGAACAGCCUUUUGAAUGGGAGGACAUUCUGAAAUCAAAGUGAAUGGCACAUUGAGGCGCUCUGAACAUUUACAAAUUCCGGAAGAGUUGAAUUCAUGCAGAAAUGUCGCCCUUCAAGGCACGGGGAAGAAAGAAGAUAAUUGAAUCACAGCAAUUCAUUCACAAUACAGUCUGGCCUUAAUUCGGUAGACUAUGAGUCCAAUUUACUGUUGGAUUAUUGCUGCUACCUCAAGUGAUAGCACAUUUCGAUAAAGCCAGACAUGUGGAUGAGGAAAUUGUGUGAAGUGAGCUUGAUAUUCAUCAAUAAAACCAGAAGACAAAUCUCUGUGGUAUACAUCAACAAUAAAAUAAACACAAAUGGCA